AUGGUGCCCGCCUCAGCUUUGCGGGCAGCCCGCUGCUCUGCCUGUAGUUGUGCAGCCCUGCGUCUUGUCCCGGCAAUAUCUGCAAAUGCUCGACUUCCUGCGCUGAACGCCAUUGCCAGACCACUCAAUACGGCGCAGGCGCCCAGGUUCUCGACAUUUAGACCUACACCAUGCUUGCUGAGCGGCCCCGCUCUCGAAGAGAGGCUGGACGAUAAACACAAGGACCAGAAAGCUACAACGUCAGACGGAGAGGUGCCGUGGUAUCUCCAGGUCGAGGCACCGAGGCACCCAACGCUUCUGCAGAAACCAGUGCCAUUACCAGAGAUUCCCGAGGGAUCCCCCAGGUUGAUGGAGCCGUUGCUUAAGUAUGUGUCGGAUGAGUUGGGCAUGGAUGAUUUGGAGCUCCUCGACCUCCGCGAAUUGGACCCUCCAGCCGCUCUGGGUCCUCGGCUCAUAAUGCUGUUCGGUACAGCCCGCAGUGAGCGGCAUCUUCACGUCUCGGCGGAUCGUCUGGUGCGCUGGCUGCGUGGGAAAGGUGUUUCGGCCUCCGCGGACGGCCUUCUGGGGAGAAAUCAGCUCAAGGUUAGGCUUCGCCGGGCUGCCCGCAAGGCCAAAUUGCUGGGUAGUUCAGGCGUUGGGGCAAACGUCGAUGACGGCAUUGGCACCGGCUGGAUAUGUGUUCACCUCGGCGCCGUGGAGGGCUCAAACGAGGAAAUUCAGUUCCUGGACGAGCAAGGAAGGCCAACUGGUUUUGGUGUCCCCGAUACAGGCACGACCAUCGUGGUCCAGCUUAUGACAGAGGCUAAGAGAGAGGAACUGGAUCUGGAAGGCCUCUGGAGAGAUACGCUAGACAAGAGCCUUAGGAAAAAUAAGGGAUUGCCUGUCAGCGAGAAGCCUCAGGAAAUUACCAUCCUCCCUCCCGACAGAUCCAGCUCGGUACGUUCGGAGAGGCACCUUGACCCCGCGGGAUCACGCUACUUCUCUACCUGGACCAGGCGGCUAAACAUAAAUCUUUCGCUAGACUUCUCAGACAACCCCCUCUCAAGCGUCGUUCUAGGAGGAUGCCAGGAAUCAUCUGCGGCACAAGCGGCUCAUAUGCUGCACCAAGAUACCAAGUCAAAAUUGUACGUUCUAACCCAACUCAGAUCUUAUUUGAAACGCCUCAGCAAGGACGAGGUCGAUGCAAUCCUUGUGAAACAUCCAGAAGUGGCGCCCUCGCCGUUUCUGCAGCUCUACGAUCGUGCCAUGGAGAACCUCGCGCCGGUGCUAGCGUGGGAGCAUCGCAUGUGGUUGUGGAACACAGCCCGUUCUCGGGACCUCCCUGGAUAUGAUCUUGGCGUUGCGAAGAACUGGCUCCGAGAGAUCCUGCUGUCAAGCCCCGUCAUGACCCGUGGCAUUGCCCUCCAUCUCAUCCAGAGUGUCUUCGCCGUACCCGCAAGCACGGAUGUUGUCGCACGCGACCAGGCUGCUCUGGUGAUGGAAGUCAUCGACAGCAUGUUUGCACGCGGUCAGAAGGUGUUGGACCACGAUGUGCUUGUGACGGUGAUCGAAGCUCUCGUCCGGCAUCCUAGCCCCUCUUCAGAAGCUGCUCGCAUCCUGGCCCAAUUCGAGGACCUUUUAGUCCAAGCAGAUCUGCCGUGCCCCUCCGAGGAUUUAAUCAUCCGGUUGAUGUAUGCUUACGCUGAUCAGGGACGAUGGGAACGGUUCUGGGAUGUUUGGCGAAUCCCUCCGCGGUAUUGUCAAGGUAGAUCGUGGCGCCUAUAUGCCCACGCCUACAGGAUCUUUGCCAAAGACGCCCACCGGGCACGGUGCAUCGACGCCCUGCGUCGACUCUACUAUGAAAUGAAACACGAGGAACCGCCAGUUCCCAUCAAUGACUCCAUCCGAAAGAACCUCAAGGAUUGCAUCGACAUCGCCGACCCAGCGGCCUCCGAGAUAGCUCGUCAAUGCGCUGAGCGGAGACUGAAGAUUGUCAAGGACCGCGAGUUUGUGGCCAUGCUCCUUGAAAAUGACUUGGUAUAG